GGAGAAUGAAAGAUCGCGAGAGUUCGCAAAUCCACUCAGGCAAGUUCGCCAGGCAAGAUGGCUGCCUCCAUGGUGAGCUCUGCGUGCUGUCUCUGGAGCCUGGGCCACGGAGUGCGGAGGACUGUCCGAGCGCUGCCGGGCCUGACACAGGUGAGAUGGAGCCGCUAUGAUGCUAAUUACAAAGAACCCCAAUUUGAUAAAGACUACUACCAUAAGCCCUUGGAGGAGCUGACUGAAGAGGAGAAGUUUGAGCGGGAACUCAGAACCACACAGAUCUUCAAAGCUUCCCCAGCAUCACAGACAAGCUCUUUGUUUGAGGAUCCAGUGAUCAGUAAAUUCACCAACAUGAUGAUGAAAGGAGGAAACAAAACACUGGCCAGAUCCCUGAUGAAUGAGACUCUGGAAACCCUGAAGAGAAAGCAAUUUAAAAAAUACCAUGAAGCCACAGCUGAGGAGCGGGCUGCCAUUGAGUGCAACCCCUACACCAUCUUCCACCAGGCUCUGCAGAACUGUCAGCCUGUCCUUGGCUUGGUCAGCAUCCUUAAAGGUGGCCGAUUCUAUCAGGUCCCAGCCCCUCUGACUGACAAGCGUCGGCGCUUCUUGGCCAUGAAAUGGAUGAUUCAAGAAUGCCGGGAAAAGAAGCCCCGGCGAAUGCUGAUGCCAGAGAAGCUGUCUCAUGAGUUACUGGAGGCCUUUCACAACCAAGGCCCUGUGAUCAAAAAGAAGCAUGACCUGCACAAGAUGGCGGAGGCUAACCGAGCCUUUGCCCACUACCGUUGGUGGUAGAGGGUAGGAAGGCUCGAACCUUGAGGUGAGGAUCUGGUAUCAUUGCUCAGCCUCCUGCCCUUCUGCCGCUGGGAAGGCCAACUCCAGCAGAGGGGACCAUUGACCUUUACCAUUCAGGGAAGGGGGCACCACCAGCAGUGUAGGUUUCCAGUUGAAGAGUGGUUGGAGCUUAGAAUGGAAUAACUUCAAGCUUCCUCUUGCCACUAUCAGCUACUCUUAACAGAAAUUAUCACAAAGGAUCCAUUUAGCACUGGUUGGUAAAAGGCAGGUAAAAUGUGUGGGGGAAGCGUGUGAGGAGCACAUUACUCAAGCCGGGCCAUCCUGUUUUCCCCUCCUCCCCUCAACCUGUCACAUUUCCAUCAGGCAGAGGAAAGAACACAAGCUUGGGCUCUGCAGAUAAGCUCAGCAAGGCUAGGUUUGGCUUUGGGGAGAAAAAAUAAGCAGCAGCAUUCACUUUAGAAAAGGUUUACUAGAAAAGUCCUAUGCUGGUUUGUAAUAAAUUACUUCAAUAAAUGUAUAUAUAUUUUGAAAUCCCA